CAAAUCAAUACCUUUCUUGACCCAAAUACUGCAAAUUUCCGCAGAACGAAGUGAACAGAGAGCCAACACCCUCCAUCCACCCAUUAUAGUACAAUUCUGGAGUGAAGAAGAAGAAAUCAAGAUAUAUGGCUUCUACAGCCACGCUUUGUUAUUUUCCCUAUAAUCCUGCGAAAUGUUACAAGCAGCAGCAAACCCCAUCCCUGAACCCUCAGUUUCUUUCCUCCAAAUCCCUUUCAUGUCUGAAGAAGCAAUGUUCGCUCUCGACUAUCCGACUGCAAAGUCUCAAAACCCACAAAUUUCACGCCGUUCCCCGAAUCUUCGCCUUACAAUCCAAUUUCUUGAAAGUUGUUCAAACAGUAUGGAAGGUGGGGAAGGAUGGAAUUGAAGCUGGAACCAAUCUAGUGCCUGAUGCCGUUCCUAGACCAGUAGCAAGGAUCUCUGUGGCUGUAGUUGCGGUGACCCUCACACUCUUUGUAUUCAAGUCACUCCUCUCUACAGCUUUCUUCGUGCUAUCAAUGAUGGGGCUCAUAUACUUGGCAUUCAUAGCUAUGAACAAGGAUGAUGACUCGAGAGGGGGUGGAGGGCCUGGAGGCACCACUUCUACUGAUGACAGUCUAGAAGAGGCAAGAAGAAUAAUGGAAAAGUACAAGUGAGUAAGGCAAGAUUGAGGGGAAUGCUUCUCUCUUUCUCUCUGCCUGAUGUAAUUAUACCAAUGUCUGGAUAUAGUCAUGGACCAUGGUAACCAAUUAAACGGGGUCAAACAAUUGUCUUUCAUCAAUUUUCAUCAAGAUAUGGCUUAUUGAUGAGUA